AGUUUCCAUGACAACCACUCGACCAUGUGCAAAAACCAUGGGUCAUUGUGCCGGCUGACCAUAUUGGCAAUUGUCAUGGCAACAUUUAAUCAAAAGGUGUGAAAUUAUGAAGUGAAUACCACACUUCCAUAUUGACCAAGGAUAAGAUCUAGGAUAUAAAGGAUAUUACAAUUUUAAAGAAAAAAAAUGCAAAAAAUAUUGCCUCUUCUCCUAGUGUCCACAGCGAUAUUCCAAUUUUCCACGAUAUGGUGUCAAGAAGAGGUACCCUCAUUUCGUAUUGUGGCACCCCAGACACUGUGCAAACACGACACGGACGACAAUGAACCAUCCACCGGCAAACAGCAAGCCGAUGGUAUCACUGUGGCCUUUCAACCCAAAGAUGGCAUUAAAUUGUCGUACAAAUUUAAAAUAUUCUUUAAAAUUUUGGGACCCGAUCCCUUGACACAGCGUGAAACACUGUUGGUUUGGAAGGCCGUAAGGGCCUUGGAACAGCAAUUAAAUACCAAGGAACGUUUACAAAUUUCCAAAGAUAAUAUGGCAAUGAUUAGUAAACGGCAAGUGGUACCGGGUGUCAGUUACAUUUUCCAUGUGGUGGGUAUAACCGAUGCCGGAGAGACAACACGAGAACAGGUAUUCACAUUGGACUAUGCAGAUGGAGUGCUGCAAAACAGCAAUGUACCCGAAGGUAUAAAUUUGCUUUUGAUUGGUUCCGAGGAAAUUGUGGCCAAUAUGCAAUAUAAUGUGGUGGCCCGAGUGGGUUUCUGUAAACCAAAAUAUGACUACUAUGUGCAAUGGCAUUUGGAAGAGUUGGAGGGGAAAUAUCGCAACGAAUUAGAACGUGUCAUCUCAAGUGUUUUGAUAAUACCGGCAAAUGUUUUAAUGUCGGAGCGUAAAACUUCGGUGGAGGCCCAAGUUCGGGAGUGGCAAAGUAAACGUCUUCUCGCCAAGGAGGUCAUUAUGGUGGAGGUUUUGAAUAAAGGUUUCCAGGCCAUGAUUGUGCCAACGGCAGCACGUAUUGGUCAGGGUACAAGUUUGACCUUUCGUGUAUUCUUAAGGAAUUUCGAUAUGAUAAUGGAGGCCAACAUCAAAUGGCUACUGAGAGAUGCCAAUACCAAAAUGAUUCUGAUGAGUCGUGAGGAUAAGGAAAACGAGUUUCGUGUUAAAUUCGAAAAGGCUGGCCUUUAUCAGGUAUUGGCCAAUGUCAGUAUUAAUGAUAUUUCCUCAAAGGUCAAGGCAGAAAUUGAGGUCGUGUCUUCGUUGUUUGUUAGCUAUGAUUUCCAGCAAAUUCCCAAUUUAAAUCCAUCCUCAACGGAAGAAUUCCGAUUUUCUGUUAUGGCCAUGAAUUUGGUGGCCAACUGUGAGGCCAGUUGGCUGAGUGCCCAGGAGGAUGGUUUCCAGUAUAUUGCCCCAGGGGUUUUGGACAAAGAGCACUAUGGCUAUAGUAAAGUGUCAAAUUUGGAAAAAUAUUAUUUGGAGGAAAUCAUUGAUUUCAGCAAUUCCACGGUAAAUCGGGAGAUAACUUUGCAAAUACCGGCCGCAGGCAAAGAAAUGAAAAAUGAGUUAACAUGGCCCGGCUUUGAGGGAGAUGCCAUGUAUAAGUUUCGUUUAGAUGUCACAUGUCCAAAGCCUUUUCAAGAGAAUCGUUUGCAAAUGGAAGCGGGCGAGGAGGAUCAUCAAGAGGAACCUUGGAAGAGAAUGAUUACCAGCUAUUUUACCAUAGAUCUGCAUACAAACUCCCCACCCCAGGCCUUGAGAGUUUUCAUGGAACCCUUGCAGGGUAUUGCCUUGAAGACAAUUUUCAAUUUCAAUUCCCAGGAAGCAAAGGAUUUACUUUUGGAUUCACCGGUACGUUAUGAACUGAAAAUAAAGUGGCAAGAGUUUAUUUUAUCAAUUGGACAAUAUUUUCAAUAUAAAAGUUGGCAGACCAUAUUACCCUUUGGUGGUGGUGAGAGCAAUUCUCCAUUGGAAAUAAUGGUGGAGAUAUGCGAUAUACGUCAGGCAUGUAGUCAAAUUCGUAAUGACACCCAAUUGCAGGUCCACUAUGAGGAACUAAGUGAUGUGGAAUAUGAGGAAUAUUUGAAAAAUGUUAAUGCCCUGUUUAUGCGAACGGAUUACCAGGAAGGUCUGAAUCUUAUUACCAUGGCAUUGCUUACAUUUCGCAAUGGCCACUCUCAAUAUAGGGAAAGAUUUGAGAAAUAUACCAAAGUUUUGAUUAGCAAAGAGCUGGAUAAACUCUUGGAACAACCCGAACAUCAGGUGUACAUAAAUCCCGACAUCACACAUUUGUUUGUGGAAAAAUCAAAACAAUUGCUAGAUUUUACCCAACAAAUGGAUAAGGCCACUUUGGAGAAGUUAAUUGAAAUUUUGGAUAAUAUCAUUGACAGCCCAUCGGCGGUGGGGGUGGAAGACAAACGUUUCAAAAGACUUGUUGCCAUGAAACGCUCGAGACGCAUUGUCAAUCAGAAUCAGGAUUUAUAUCAACAUACCCAAUUGCUGCUGCUUGAAGAUUUACUCAAGGCCGAGGAGUAUAAGCCUGAGGCAAUGAAUAAAUUCAUGGAGAAACUAUCGAAAUUAUCGCAAAAACUUUGCUUGAAGAAAAAUCUAAAUAUGGAAACUUUGAAGAGCAAUAUGGUCUCGGUGACUCUGAAACAAAUCAAGGGAGGCGAUAUGCAGCAGACCACCCAUAUUAGCGAAGAUAUUUUCGAUAAAAUCACUUUGCAUUUUAAACUUUUGCAGAAUAAUGCCAAAUACUGUUUGGUCAUAAAGACAUAUAAUUUUCCAGGAGAUUUUCCAAAUGACGAUGAUGACGAGGAGCCAUCCUCCUCCUCUUCAUCUUUGUUGCAAUAUAAUAUUUAUGAAAUCAUGGAUGAUGGCAGCCACUUGAAAGAGUUCCAGCUACAAUCCAACGAGGAGUUGAACAGUAAUCAAGGCAAUAAUAUACAACUCGAUAUCUAUCCCCUGGAACAAAGGGUAAAUAAAUGUUUUAUGAAAUCCACAUAUAAUUCACAAUGGUCCAUGGAUACCUGUAAAUCCCUGGAUUUGGGAAAUUUCCUACGUUGCUCCUGUUCUCAGACAGGUUUUGUGAAGACCGUUUUUAUUUCUUCGGCAACCACGACCACCUGGAGACCACCCAUUCGGAAUAGGGACACCACAACACCGCAAUUUUCUCUAUCGUCACCCCUGCCAACAUUUAUUUCCCUAACCACACGUCAACCAUCGAUUAUUACCACAACUUUGGAAACCACACAAAUUCCGUUUACCAGUACUCUGAGAUCUUUUUAUCCCACACCUAAUGGUAUUUCAACAAUUCCCACAUUCCAACCAACGCCUCCAGUAGUAGAAAGGAAUACAGUAAGCGAUCCACAGCCUACCGCACAUAUGGAAAUUGUGCAACGGGCUGGCUCACCUUUUUACUAUAUAAUCCCAUUGAUAUUAAUUCUAUUAUUUUUGAUUGUGACAUUGCUCGCUUUUCUAUAUCGUCGGCGGAUGCAACAAACUGCCGGUUUGGUCAAAAAUAUACCCCCCUCAACGGUGUUGGAGAGUCGUAAACCUGCAAGCGGUAUCAAAUAUGCAAAUAUUCAAGAUGUUGAUAUGUUAAGUGGUAAUUUUUAAAAUAGAUUUAAUUUGCUUUUAUUUAUGCUAAGCUUUAAGAUGUUGCUAUUUAUUCCAUUCUGAAAAAAAUAUAAUAAACUC